AUUUAAUCUCGACCCCCCUUAGGGUUCCCCUCCUUCCUCCUUGCGAGACCAAACCAAAGCUGCGGCGGCGCGCGCAUAGGAGGCGAAUCAGCAGCGGAACCAAGCCGCCGACGCCACCAUGGGUAUCUCGCGUGACUCCAUGCACAAGCGCCGGGCCACCGGUGGGAAGCAGAAGGCUUGGAGGAAGAAGCGAAAGUAUGAGCUCGGCCGCCAGCCAGCCAACACUAAGCUUUCAAGCAACAAGACAGUGAGGAGGGUCCGUGUUCGCGGAGGUAACGUGAAGUGGAGGGCUCUCCGUCUUGACACUGGUAACUUCUCAUGGGGUAGUGAGGCUGUGACCCGCAAGACCCGUCUCCUGGAUGUGGUUUACAAUUCGUCAAACAAUGAGCUUGUGAGGACUCAGACCCUUGUCAAGAAUGCCAUUGUGCAAGUUGAUGCUGCCCCCUUCAAGCAGUGGUACCUGACUCAUUAUGGAGUCGAAAUCGGUAGGAAGAAGAAAGCUGCUGCAGCUGCCAAGAAGGAACCUGCUGAGGGGCAAGAGGCUGAGGUUGCUGCUGCUGCCACAGAGGAAGCAAAGAAGAGCAACAAUGUCCAGAGGAAGCUUGAGAAGCGCCAGCAGGGACGUACACUGGACUCGCACAUUGAGGAGCAGUUCAGUGGUGGAAGGCUGCUGGCCUGCAUUUCGUCUCGCCCUGGACAGUGUGGCAGAGCUGAUGGGUACAUCCUGGAGGGCAAGGAGCUGGAGUUCUACAUGAGGAAGCUCCAGAAGAAGAAGGGCAAGGGUGCCACAGCUUAGGCUGAAGAGCUGCUGCAUGUUACUCGUUGGAUUUUCUUAGAUGUUGCGUCCAUGUCAUGUUUGCAGACAUACUGAACACCAUUUUCUGUAAACGGUUCGAGUCCUAGGUUGAACUGAGAAUGUUUUGCCUGUUUUGGUUGUGAUCUAAAGCUAUCCAGAUUCUAUUAUGUGUUC